CGAUCAGUUGAAAGGGCGCGUCUGUCGCGCGACAUCAAUAUUCAAGUCGAUUAUCAUCAAAGAAAAUUGUUGAAAGGGAUCUCACGCGUUUUUCGCGUAAGGUGAUAAGAAAAAUAAUCUUGUCAUCAUCUGCGCGCGCGCGCGCGCGCUUCAAUAUUGACGUUACGUUCUUUCCUCAGCCGCUUUGUUUAUCAUUUUAUAAACACGCUUUCGAGUCUACGUAUCGUUGGCUUGCUUCAUCCCUUCUCCCAUGGUCGAUAAAAACGAACGAUAACCGCCGACUCGCCCGAGAGCAACGUGUGUCUCGAUCGAUUUUGAUCAGAUGCCAAAUGUGUGAUAGUCGAGGUGCUCCUUUCUCACGGUACGUUCUCACAUCGGACAGAUUCGGAUCUCGAUGAUCCCGUACAAGUUGGGGCUCGCUCUUCAGGUUACAUCUGUGCGCGACGCGAAUCUACGUAAUAACUUGUUACGUUGGAGAGGACGGUCAAUUCCUCGUCCCGUCAUUUUUCUCGCGAAAAUGAGCACGGUUCUCGACGAGGACUUGUCCUAGGAGCCUGCUAUUCUCACGAAUUGCGUGAAAGUCGUAAAUCGCAGUGGAAAUCUAGUCGUAGAGAAAUCUCCUAAUUUCAUGUCAACGUAACAUUUGAACCAUGGACGGAGAGGAUCUCGUAGACGUGGACCCGCAGGAGCUACAGGAGACUCUUCAGACGUAUAAAAAACUUGCCGACGAUUUUGCGAACCAUGACACAAUUUUGAAGGACAAAACAGUCUUAUCCUACAUAGCGUAUGUAUUAGAGGUACCUGAUACAGAUGUGGUGACCUUAGCUUUAGAUGUUCUGGAGAUAUUUGUCAAGAAUGUCGAGAAUUAUAUACACAUAACGUCUACUUUUGGGGUGCGUGAAUCCUUAGAAGCAAUUAUUAACAAAUACAGCCUGAGCGAACCAAAGUUGGCCAAUCGAGCACAGCAUAUCAAAGAUGACAUAGAACGCAUGAAACCACCUAUAUACAACUUGCGCAGUCGUUGUAGAAGAGUUAUAGAGCCUAAAAAAUUGAAGACUCAUGUAAUAGUUUUACAUGUCCAAGGAUUAUUACCGGAAACUCGAUCUGAGUUGGAAGGGAUAUUAAUAAGAAUCGAAGGUCUAGUUUCGCUUGUUGUUGAUGUGGAGCAUCAGCGUGUAACUAUGCGCACCUUGAAUUUUGUCACUGCAAAACAGAUUGCGGAAGCAAUUGACAAAAAUACAGACAGCAUGGAAGCGAGAUUGGUGACAAGGAAUAAAUAUAAUCAAGAAUUUCUGGUAAAAUUGAUACAAACGGGCGAAAAUAGCGAUGGUGAUGAAAUGCCCGAUUAUUUACCUGAAGAGGAAGAAGAGGAUGAUAGGGAAGGUGUUGUGUCAUUAUUCACUGGUUUAAAACAAAGCGCUUCAUCUCUAUAUAAAUCUACCGCCGAAUUUCUAAGCAAUUCAUUUUAUUGGUAUAACACAAAUUUUGUGUACUGCUUCUAUUAUUAUACAAUAAUAGAACUCCGUCAGUUUUAGCUGCCACUGCACGAAAAGGAACAAUUUAUGCAACUACUCGCAUAAUGUAUGAGACGUGGAUACAAUAUGUAUGAUUACUACAAAGUACAUCUCUCUAAUAAUAUGUCUUAGAAAUUA